AUGGCUUUAUGUAGGAAUUAUGGGUAUCCUGAUUUUUUCAUAACUAUUACCUGUAUUCCGAAAUGGCCCGAGAUAGUAAGGUUUAUUGGUGACACAUCAGUUAAGCCUGAAGACAGACCCGACAUUCUUUGUAGAUUGUUUAAGAUGAAGCUUGAUGCAUUGAUAAAAGACCUUAAGGAAAAAAAAUUUCUUGGCGAUAUUAAUGCUGUUGUUUACACCGUGGAAUUUCAAAAGCGUGGUCUGCCACAUGCUCAUUUAUGUGUUUUUAUGAAAGCUGAUCAUAAGGUUCCUACUGUUGAACAUAUCGACCCUUUUAUCUCAGCUGAGAUUCCUGAUAAAAAUGAAGAUCCUGAAUUAUAUUCUCUGGUCUGUGACUUCAUGAUUCAUGGUCCAUGUGGACAGGCUAACUUGAAAUGUCCAUGCAUGGUAGGCAACCGUUGUUCUAAGAAUUUUCCAAAGAAGUUUUUGGAGGCUACUUCUGUUGAUUCAGAUGGAUUUCCGCUUUAUAGGCGAAGAGACGAUGGUCACACAGUUAUUAAGAAGGGUGUCACAUUGGACAACAGGAGCGUCGUUCCAUACAACAAAAGGCUUCUUAGAAGAUAUCAGGCGCACAUCAAUGUGGAGUGGUGCAAUCAGGCAGGUUCAAUUAAGUAUUUAUUUAAAUACAUUAAUAAAGGACCAGAUAGAGCCACUGUUGCUGUUAUAGAUUCAGACAGAGGGAUUGACGAGGAGAUACCGAAAGAUGAAAUAAAAGAAUAUUACGAGGCAAGAUAUGUUUCUGCAUGUGAAGCAAGUUGGAGAAUAUUUGCAUGUGAAGUUCACUAUCGGUAUCCGUCUGUUAUGAGGUUACCAUUUCAUCUUCCAGGCCAGCAAAAUGUAGUUUUCAGUGGUGAAGAUGAUAUUGAAGAUGUGCUAAACAAACCUCAGGUUAAUUCUUCUAUUUUUUUGGAAUGGAUGAACAUGAACAAAAAACCAGAAACAACGAAACUUACGUAUGUUGAGUUUCCAUCAAAGUAUGUUUGGAAGUUAAAGGAUCGUUGCUGGCAGCCGCGAAAAAAUUAUGUUGUUGUUGGAAGACUUUAUUCAGUUUCUCCUUCUCUUGGUGAAGCUUAUUACCUUAGAAUUCUUCUAACCAAGGGAUGCAUGUUAUGCGCGUGGCCUAUAGACGAUGACAACGAAUACAUUGAGUGUAUUAAAGAGGCCAGUUUUACAGGAAAUGGUCAUUAUCUUCGUUCAUUGUUCGGUACACUUCUUUUGUCUAAUACUCUAUCAAGACCAGAAAUUGUUUGGGAGAAGACGUGGGAGUUUUUGUCGGAGGACAUUUUAUACAAUAUGCGGAAGGAUUAUGGGUUUAGUGGUUUUGCUGUCUCAGACGAGCGUUUAAAGAAUAUAACGUUGUCUAAAAUCGAAAACUAUCUUAUCCGUAAUGGAUCCAGCUUGCAUAGAUUCUCACCAAUGCCUGUUCCAGAUGAAGAUACUACAGUAUAUGAGGCUAACCGUCUAAUAAAUGAGGAGCUUUCUUGGGAUAAGGAUGAAGUUAGGGCUGAAUUCAAUAAGCUUCAUAAUUCUUUAAAUGAUGAUCAAAGAGCAGUGUAUAAUGAGAUUAUGAUUGCUGUUGGACGUAAGACAUUUCUUUGGAAAACUUUAGCUGCUUCCAUAAGAUGCAAUGGACAUAUUGUUGUUAAUGUUGCUUCAAGCGGGAUUGCAUCACUGUUGUUGUCACGAGGCCGUACUGCCCAUUCAAGAUUUCAUAUUCCGAUUAAUCUUACUGAAGAUUCCGUUUGUCAUAUCAAACCUAAUUCUGAAAUCGCUAAUCUUCUAGACGAAGCCAAGUUGAUUAUUUGGGACGAAGCACCGAUGGUACACAAACAUGCUUUUGAAGCUCUUGAUCGUACAUUGAAAGAUGUUUUGAGUGUCUCCGAUUCACGUAAUUCCGAACUUCCCUUUGGUGGAAAGACUAUUGUUUUCGGUGGUGACUUUAGGCAAAUCUUACCGGUUGCACAAAACGGCACAAGGCAAGACAUUGAACACGCCUCUUUAUGUUCAUCUUACAUUUGGUCCACUUGCAAGGUUUUAAAAUUGACCCGUAACAUGCGUUUAUCUCUUGGAAGCAGUAGUUCAAACAUUGAUGAGAUAAACGAUUUUGCGAAAUGGCUUCUUGAAAUUGGUGAAGGCAAUAUUGGUGAUGGUAACGAUGGCGAUUCAACUAUAGAAAUACCAAACGAUCUUCUAAUCACCGAUUCAACUGAUCCAAUUCAAAGCUUGAUUGACUUUGUAUAUCCAUCAGUUCUUGACCGUUUUAAAGAUUGUGACUACUUUUCUGAAAGAGCCAUACUUGCUCCUAAAAAUGAAGUUGUACAGGUAUCAAUGAUCGUUUGCUUGCAUUAUUUCCCGGUGAAGAAGUAG